AUGUCAACGAGCGAAUUUGAUAACGAUGAUGCAGAAAUUAGAAGCGACCACGAGAAAGCCGAAGUUCGUCGGAAUCGCCGGCCAUCUGUACAAUUUAUCGAUAAAAAUCUUAUUCGUCGACGAUCGGGUGGUCUCGAAAAACAACAAACAAUAACACAAUCUCAACAACCAACUCGUUUAGCAUCAAUUGAUUCUCAUGAUGAAGUCGAAGCGGCUGAAGUUGAAGAACACAAACACGACUCAACUGCCAGUGAUACUGAUAGCGACGCCGAAGAUGGUGCCGGCCCUAAUAUACGAGAAAUGCAACAUAAAAAUACGGCGAACUUCAAUGAUUUUGCGGUUCGACGUAUUAAACAUGCUCAAUACGGUCGGCGUGAAAUUGAAAUUGCUGAACAAGAAAUGCCUGGUCUUAUGGCUUUACGUCGUCGAGCGGAAAGUGAUAAACCUUUACAAGGAGCGAAAAUUGUCGGUUGCACUCAUAUAACUGCUCAAACAGCGGUUUUGAUUGAAACAUUGGUUCGACUGGGAGCGCAAGUACGAUGGUGUGCUUGUAAUAUAUUUUCUACUCAAAAUGAAGUAGCGGCAGCUCUCGCCGAAGAAUCGAUUUCGAUAUUCGCUUGGAAAGGUGAAACUGACGAUGAUUUUUGGUGGUGCAUCAAAAAAGCCAUCGGAGGCGAUCAAGGUUGGCAACCAAAUAUGAUUCUCGACGACGGAGGAGAUUUGACACAUUACUGUCACAAACAUUAUUCAACAUUGUUUUCAACCAUCAAAGGUAUCGUUGAGGAAUCAGUUACCGGCGUCCAUCGUUUAUAUCAAAUGUGCCGUACACAAACAUUAACCGUACCCGCUAUGAAUGUUAAUGAUAGUGUUACGAAAACGAAAUUUGACAAUUUAUAUCUAUGUCGAGAAUCGAUUAUUGAUGCAAUUAAACGAUGUACUGAUAUUAUGUUUGGAGGAAAACAAGUCGUUGUUUGUGGAUAUGGUGAAGUUGGCAAAGGAUGUUGUUCAGCUUUACGUGGAAUGGGCUGUUUUGUUUAUGUAACUGAAAUUGAUCCAAUCUGUGCUUUACAAGCAUGUAUGGAGGGUUACAAAGUUGUUCGUCUUGAAGAAGUUAUUAAACAAGUCGAUAUUGUUGUUACUGCAUCUGGAAGUAAAAACACGAUCACCAGGGAAUCGUUAGAUAAACUGAAAAAUGGUGCCAUAAUUUGUAACAUGGGACAUUCAAAUACAGAAAUCGAUGUUAGCUUUUUGCGUGGUUCAUCAUCGAGCGACUUACAAGUUGAACGUGUCCGAACAAAUGUAGACCAUGUUAUUUGGCCAAAUGGAAAACGAAUUGUUCUAAUAGCCGAAGGAAGAAUUAUGAACUUGUGCUGUUCAAGUGUACCAUCAUUCGUUGUUUCCAUAACCGCUGCAACACAAGCAUUAGCUUUGAUUGAACUCUACACCGCUCCACCUAAUCGAUAUAAAUGUGAUGUUUAUCUAUUGCCAAAAAAAAUGGAUGAAUAUGUCGCAAGUCUUCAUUUACCAGCCUUCGACGCUCAUUUAACUGAAUUAACCGAUGAGCAAUGCAAGUAUCUAGGUAUCAACAAAGCAGGACCGUUCAAACCGAACUAUUACAGAUAUUAA